AACUCGAACCCGGAAAUGAAGAAAUUUCCGACGUAGCCUUCUACGUUCUAUGUACGAUUCACGCUACGUUUAUGCCAUUCUGCACCAAUCGGAGUCUCAUUGUGUUGCACAUCGUUGUCUUAUCUCUCUCUCUCUCCCCCUCCCUCUUCUUCCUCUCCCCCUCCCUCUCUCUUUCCUUUCCCCCCUUUUCCCUUUCCCUCUCACUUUUCCCUUCGGGAUAACGAUUAGACGCAUACUGAAUAACAUCGAUCCCGAUUUCUAGAACGAGGUCACCACGCAGGGGCAACGAUCCGCGCGCGGAGCGAACUCGAUCACUAUCGCGCGUACAACGUCCGCCCGUCGUCGUCGUGUUGUGUUUACGUGCGUGUGUACACAUAAGAUACGCUCGGGCCGCGCGUUGUUCACAGUCGCAGUCGCGUCAACGACGUCGUCGACGCGGUUCAUUCGCCUCCUCGCGCUCCGAGGUCCCGCUGGUAAAGUCUACUCUAGCGACGAGCCCGCGUCGCCUCGCCGUUGUUUUUCGUGGACGCGUCCGCCUCUCUUCGCAGCCGUCCUCUUCGCCCUUUUUCCCCCCUCUCGACCUAACCGAGAGAUGACAAGUUACAUCGUCCGUCCUCGCUGGCGGCGGUGCAUCGUUUCCGCCAACGUCCGCGUCGAUGACGCAAAGUGAACUCGUCGCGCUUGCUGCGAGAUCAUUCGCCCCGGGAGGCGUCCGCUCACCGAUUUAGGCCAGUCCAAACAAUACAAAAAAGAUGGACGCGACGAUAGAGAGAGAGUGCAGCGCGUUGGGCAGUUUGUUCCAGCAGAUCGUCACCGACAUGAAGAAUGGAGCACCACUUUGGGAAGACUUGAUUUCAAAAGCUACAAAGUUACAUGCAAGUUUGAGAGCUGCUCUUUUGGCUAUUUCUGCAUAUCUUGAGACUUUUCAGAAGAUAGCAGAUGCUGCGACUAAUGCCAGAGGUGCAACUAAGGAAAUUGGAACAGCACUGACAAGAAUAUGUUUAAGACACAAGGCGGUAGAAACCCGUAUGAAGUCAUUUACUAGCGCUAUUAUGGACUGCUUGGUGCUGCCUUUACAAGAGAAAUUGGAAGAUUGGAAAAAAUCUUUGAUCAAUUUAGACAAAGAACAUGCCAAAGAAUUCAAAAAAGCAAGAGCGGAGUUAAAGAAACGUUCUACCGAUACUCUACGUCUGCAAAAGAAAAAAGCACGAAAAGGUCAAGUUCACCUACACAUUCAAGGACAACCUCAAAGUCACGGGACGUGUUCCAGCGAUGUAGAACUCAAUAGGAUGCUGGAAUCGUCGGCGGCGGUUGUCCAGGAGAAAAGACUGAGUUUAGAAGAAACGGAACGAAAAGCCGUCCGUGCUGCCCUUCUCGAGGAGAGAGGCAGAUUUUGUCUCCUUGCUCGAUUCCUGAAACCUGUACUGGAUGAGGAGAUAGCGAUGUUAAUGGAAUUGACGCAUUUGCAAGAGGUGUCCGAUCAAUUGCAAAGACAUGCCGCAUCACCGCAUCAUUUACCGCCUGCAUCCGAGCAGGUAAUAACGGACAUAAAAGGUUGCGACGUUACUCAAUGGUCGUUGGCUACGCCGCCGUCGAGUCCGUCGUUAUCUCUCGGAUCGAGGAAGAGCUCUAUGUGUUCGAUCAGUUCUCUAACUAGUAGCAGUAGUGGAUCUUGUAAAAGUCAUCCGAGCCCGUCCGGACAUCCAUGGCACAGAUCGCUUUCUCAGCCAAUCGGUGUCAGGCCCGCCAGCAUCAGCGGUAUCGCGGCACUGCGCCAUUUGACGAGUGGCAGUUCCCGUGACUCUGGCUUCACGUCUCAGGAUACAUUGUAUAACCAACCGAUUUCCGAAGAUCAGGAAACAUCCGUUCAAUACAACCGGCAAAAUCCGGGUGCAGUGAACGAACGGCCACAUACCAUUUCCUCUGCAUAUGAAAAGGGCCAUCAGAGACCUGCGCUCAGCGUUUAUACAUUCCAAGCGCCGGAUCGUGAUGGUAACAGUUGCUGCCACAGUCAGCCUGCCUCUCCGGUUUCCUCUUCCUCGUCUUGUUCUUCCUCGAAUCAGCAAUUGUCUAGGGUACAACUUCGUAGAAAUAACGGCGGCACUCGUCCGCCUAUACCGAAUAGAUGUUCUAGUCUGGAACGACCGACGAUUCCAAUGAAGAAUGAACCACCCGGAAGUCCACGAGGGAAGCCCAAAUUACCUCUUCCGGCUCAUUUGGCGAAAGAAUUGGCGACCCAUCAGCUCCAACAGCCAAUGUAUGUAAAUAUGCAUGAGUUGGCGAACCUAGCUGCUAGUCGUGCUCAGGAAAUGCAGCUUCCGCUGCCUCCUCCUCCAGCAUCCUUAACGACACCAAGUACUGAUAAGACCGAAGCUCCGGAAAAAGAUGCUGGUAGUCAAACAUCCGAAUCCAGUUUGGAGUCUAGCAGCGGAUAUGGAAGCCAAAAUACUUUGCCGCAUUCGCAUUCGCUUCAUAAUCAAAACGAAAAUACGUGGAACAUGCCUGGCAUGGCUGCGACUAUGUUAAUGACACGUAGAGGAUCGGCGCAGCAGAUAAUCAGGCCACCGCCACCGACGAGACGCACAUCCACCGUCAUCAUCGCACCUCCCACGUCGUCCGUUAAUGAGGAUCGCAGUGAAAAUGUUUGCGACGAAGUGGAGAAUCUUCCUCCACCACCUGCAUUCCUUUUAGAAGGCUCUUCACCCACAGCCAGUCCUACGCCUCAAAGAUCCAUUUCAGUUUCUGAAACAGUAAGGACUUUGACCGAGUUACGUCAUACUCCAGCCAGUCCAUCACUCUUACGGAAGGCUACUUUGCAGCAACAAGCGCACAAUAAUCCAAAUGUUGUCCAACAUAAUACCAUGCUACAGAUAACUCGUUCAUCGGUGGAACGUUCCUGCUCCACUAUUCGUUCAACGUCCCAAGAACGCGGAUCUGUUGGCGCGCAAACAACCAGUGCAGCUGGUGGAGGUCCAACUCAGAUCGCUCAACAGGCAAAUCAAACCCAAGGACAGGGACCUGGCGGCGUAGGUCAGGGUUUUAUGGCGGUGCUCAAUGCUAAACUUAUUGGUACGAUGAGCGGCAGCAAUACCGCUGCAGCCGUAAAUGCUAGCGGUAGUCCUAAAUCUCUCAGGAAGCAGUCAAUUACGGAACAGCAGCAGCAACAGCAGCAAUCUAACAAAAACGUCAAAACAGCGGCUCCCGGUUUCCUCGAGACGCUUAACGCUAAACUGGCUCAGCAACAACAGGUUCUGCAACAAGGAAAUAACGGGACGAGUAGAUCAGCGAGCGUUAGGCGUAUCAUGGGUAAUCGUGUACCCAUCAUGGACCCAGUGCAAAUGAGGGAUUCUCUUAUGGAUCAAAUCAGACGGGGCACUUCACUGAGGAAAACCAGCGGCCCGAUCAACGAUCGUUCGGCGCCCAAAAUCUAUUAAAUACUACAGCACUGCGUAAGUUUGUAAUGUGUUUUAUGAAUUCCAUGAGCAACAUUAUUCUUUUCUUCGGAUAUAAUUGACUCGCAAGAUAUGAUAAAAAUCACAAUAAUCAUCGGAAAUCAGUAUUUUCCGAUUCUUCGUCUACAUUUCCGUGCAUGUUUCGAAUUACAUGCAUUAAAAUAACAGUUAUAUUUAUUCUUUCAUUCCUUCUGAUAACACGCAGGCUCCAUAUUAAAUCGUCAUAUGAUUUCUUGUACAAUAAAGCGUAUCGAAAUAUUGCGCGCAAUUGAAGAAUAAUUUAAACGGAUAGAUUUUAAUAACGUUAUAUAUACGAUUAUAUUAUAGCAUACAACAUAUGAAAAAGAUGCGCAGAAAGAGAUUUUUAUAAUAUAUCAAUAUUUAUAAAAAGAGGAAACUGAUUUGAUUAGGGAAUUGUGUCUCGUAAGAUCCAUAUCGAUACAACGACAAUACUCCAGUACAACUUGUGUCUCAUAGUUGUCUAUUUUUUCUGCUUGACACGAACGACUCUCUUGUUGCUCCAUUAACGUAAUUAUUAGUCUGUAAUUUAAUAUGCAAUUAGGAUCUUUACGCGAUCUCGCGAAAAUCAUACAUAAUUUAAUAUCGAGCUUGUGUAUUCGAGACGCGAGACUCGUCAAUGCAUAUCAGUUUAUAAUAUCUUACUCUCUUUUUUUUUCUUAUAUCACAUAUCUUUUUUCACUUUUAUACAAGAGAAAUGCGAGUUUAUUUUAUUAUAGUUUUCAUGUUUUCUCGAAUCCAUGAGGUUACUGCGACGUGCGUUUAAUAGUCGAGAUCGAUGGCCGUUUCUCCAGUAAUAUAUUCUUCGCCAUCGAGAUCUUUUUCUCGGUUUCGAGAGAGAAACGGGUGUAGUAUAUAUAUAUAUAUACAUACUAAUAAUAUACACUGUACAACAUCUCUCUCUCUCAGUGUCGAUAAAUGUUAAUAUGCGUAUGUGUCGCGCCUUCGCGAAGAUUACACUUACACAAUCGUCGUUGCUUGCAAGCUACAUUUUUGACGACGAGAAAAAUGUCUCUCUAAUUAAUUCUGAGUGAACGCUCCGAAAUGUUAUCGAAUAUUAGACAUCGUCAAGUUGUUAGAAAAAUUUUUUUUUUGUAUACGUAUAUCUCUUUGCAUUACGUUACAUCGUCGUAUUGUCGCUAAUGUACACUGCCUGGACAAGCAAAUCGAAAUCAUACAUUCAUCACUCAUCUAGCGCGUGAUAUACGGCGAAUACCGAUUAUUACUGCCAAUUACAUUCAUCUCCUUUCAUUCCUCGCAUAGUGUUAAGUUUUCAAUGGUAUUGUAGCGAACCAGCGCGAUGAAUAGUGUAUAGCGAGCAAUAGUUUAUUAUUAUA